UGUUGUGGGAACAGACAUGCUUGAACUUGACUGUCAACUUACUAGAGAUGGUCAUGUAGUGGUCUCACAUGACUCUGUUCUAGAUAUUCGCACAGAGCUCAAAGGAGCAAUAUCAGAAUACAAUUAUGCUGAGCUUCCUCCAAUCAAAGAGCAGAUCCCCAUAGACUUCAUGCCUGGCGUAACAUUCAGUAGUAACAGUGAAGAUCGAAGAUUUCCUCUCUUGGAGGAAACCUUUCAGCACUUCCCAAAUACACCCAUUAAUAUAGACAUCAAAAUUGACAGCAAUGAACUUAUAUCAAAAGUAAGCGAAUUAGUGAAGAAAUAUCAACGUGAACACAUAACAGUUUGGGGAAAUAUGAAGGACGUAGUAACCCAAAAAUGCUACAAGGAGCAAUGUUACUGUGAGGAGAUAGUAAUACAGGGGGAGUCAUCUGAGCUGUGACAUCAUGCCUCUGGGAAGUGUGUGAUUGAAUAAAUAACAAUGAAACUUUUUCUUCUUUUUCUGGGUCAUCCUAGCUUGGUGGAAGAGUGUUAAAAAAAUAUUACUAAGAAUUUAUAAUUAUUGGGGGUACAAACACAGUAGUGGAAAGAUGUGCAUGUAUGAAAUACUGAUUGGAUUCUGCAAAAGCAUGCUGCACUAGAUUCUUAUACCAUACUUGGCAUUUAACCCUUCCACUGUCUCAUCCGUAGAGCUAUGUCAUUGGCACCAAUAUCGCUCGUGUACAUCUACAUUUUAAGCACAGCUCCCUCAUAUUUGCUGUGAGGGGUUAAAUUUUGGCUUAGACACAAGGAAGUGUGUGCAGCAAGUGUGCACAAUAUAAAAAAAAGAAUCCUGUCCCUCCCCUCCAUGCAGUGCAUGAUGGGAAAAGCAAACCUCUGAUCUUGUGUUUGU